AUGCGUCUUAUAAAUAUUCAUACACGCAAAAUUGAAGAAUUUAUAGGCGAUGUACCCCCCUACGCCAUUCUUUCUCAUACUUGGGGCGCUGAGGAAGUCACGCUUCAACAAUACCAAGAUGGCACGGCGACGACCAAAGCAGGAUGGCGCAAGAUUGUCGACUUUUGCGCUUUGCUUGACACAGAAGAGUUCCCGAGAAAGAUGAAUCAAGAUGGGCAAUCUCAUACUGUCAUCAACCCCGGAAGAAAGAGCGUCGACUACGCAUGGGUAGAUACGUGCUGCAUCGACAAGACCAGCAGUGCCGACCUGUCUGAAGCCAUCAACGCCAUGUUCCGAUGGUAUGCAGACGCCGAGUUUUGUGUAGUCUAUUUGGAGGAUUACCUUGAAACGAGUAACUUUGCUCAUUGCCGCUGGUUCACCCGUGGCUGGACCCUACAAGAACUACUGGCGCCCUCUCACGUCUGCUUUUUCGACUUUAUGUGGCGACCCAUCGGCACAAAGCUAACGCUGCUGACGCAAAUAUCGAAUAUCACCAAGAUUCCAUCUCUUUUGAUUGGUGGCCCCCAGACCUGGGCACAUGUCAGUGUAGCCCAGAAGAUGUCAUGGGCAGCCAACCGACAAACGACACGCAUCGAAGACCGAGCUUACUCGCUCAUGGGCAUCUUUGAUGUGAAUAUGCCUCUUCUAUAUGGCGAAGGCGACAAAGCAUUUAUCAGACUACAAGAAGAAAUUAUCAAAGAAUAUGAUGACUGCUCUAUUAUGCUUUGGGACGCUAGCGACAUGGACCCGGCUGUUACUCAGAUUGGCGCGCUUGCGCCUAGCCCAGCGUGUUUCAGGGACUGGCAGGAUCCAGAGAGGGUGCUGCAUAGCGGUGAAAUGUCUGUUACCAAUCGAGGUGUGAAGCUUAGCGCACCCAUGAUACAAGACGAGAAGGGUGGCUGGAUGGCUGUCAUAUUACACAAUUUUGCGGAUUCGAGCGCCACAUCGAUAGGCAUCCCUAUUGAACGGGACAAAGUGGACGCGACAAGGCAAUGGCGGCGCCGCGAACCACUUGUCCGUUUGAAGUUUGGGAUGAAUAAUAAGGACAACACCGUACUCUGUAUCCCUAAGCGAAGUAAUAGGCUCCAGAGCAUACCACCUGUUCGGCGGACGUGGUUACGGUAUGAUAACACGGUCAUCACAUUGGAUUCAAUCCGUGGUGAGGACUGCAUUUGGGUAUUUGACAAUGACAUGAGACAGUAUUAUGUCCCCACGCCGAUGAAUUGCCCGGCCAUUCUUCGCGCCGGCGCAACGAUCAGUGGGAUUGGUAACGAGGACACGCCCGUCUUUUUAACCAUGGAUAUCAACGUUCGCGAUGGCGGAGGGAAGGUGUGGCUAUCUACACAGGAUUCGCUAAGGCUCCCAAAAGAAGAGCGUCAUGGAUGGUAUGCCUCAAAAGACGAGGUUAAGGAGUUGGUGGUUAAAGAUGUGCGGUUUGAAGCAGUUCUUGUUACAGAUCUGCCUGGGACACUGUGGACAACAACGGUCAAGGUUGGCGGCUACAGGCUACCGAAGUGGCAACAACCAAAAAGCAAACGUGGCAUAUUAAAGCAUAUUCAUCAAGGUGUGUAAUUGUUUAGGUCCGCAAAUAUGUCCGAGUCGCGAGGCUGCGAGGCGGCGAACUCGGCAGCGUGUCGGCCCGUGGUGUUGGGUACCUUGUCCUAUGCGCUACGUCAUUGCCUAUCCGUCGAGAAGCCGGUAGGGCGCUCUAGAAACAUUAUUGCGUAAAUUUGGAAUAAAGUUAAUAUAAGAAUAAUGUCAAUUAGAAUAAAUUAGCUGAUAAACUGCGUGCUGGGGGUUUAAGCCGGGGGGGUAAUCUUGGGGGUUAACUCGGUGGCUUUGUUGCUUUGUGGUUUUGGGGCUUAAGCUUGGGGAUUGUGACUGAACGUGGG